ACAAACACAUGGAAUUCUGAUCUUCGGUAAAAUUCGUGCGUAUCGCCGGUAGAGUCACGAAUAUUCUAGAUUUCUAGAUAACAAGCAAUUUGAAAAUCUACAUUCUUAUUUCAUUUGUCUCACGACCUGACAGACAAGAACCAAAAAAUGGCCAACGCUGUGAAGAAAUUAAUUCCGCUGCUCGACAGAGUUCUUAUUAAGAGAGCAGAAGCAGUUACAAAAACGGCGGGCGGUAUCGUAAUUCCAGAAAAGGCGCAGUCCAAGGUACUUCAUGGAGAAGUGGUCGCAGUAGGCAACGGCUCAAGAAAAGAUAAUGGAGAGUUCAUCCCCGUGCUUGUGAAAGUAGGUGACAAAGUUCUUCUACCAGAAUACGGCGGCACCAAAGUUAGUCUAGAAAACGACGAAAAGGAAUACCAUCUCUUCAGAGAAUCUGACAUUUUGGCGAAGAUUGAAAAUUAAAUUUAGUGC